UGUAUCGAUGUAUCGAUAUCAAGCGUUACACACUUCACGUCUCCAGUACAAGCACAGAACUGUUGUUGAAGCAGUCAUCAAAUGGACGGGAAAACAACUUCUAAUAGUUCUUCGACCUAUCGCCGCGCCAACUUAAAAAUUGCACCUGGUGCAGUAGUGUGUGAUGAAAGUAUUUUGAAAGGAGACAUUACCAUUGGUGCAAAAUCUAUAAUCCAUCCUAGAGCAUGUAUUCUAGCGGAGGCUGGUCCCAUUAUAAUAGGAGAAGGCAAUAUAAUUGAAGAAAUGGCAACUAUAGCCAACAGAUCACCUCCUGAUGCUCCGGAAUCUGUAACAGUACCAGUGCAAAUAAUAGGAAACUACAAUGUCUUUGAAACUGAUUGCACAUGUGAAUCAUUUAAAGUUGGAGAUAACAAUAUUUUGGAAGCAAAAGCGCACGUUGGCCGAGAAAUCGAAUUAACCAAUGGAUGUGUAAUUGGAGCUGCAUGCUCUUUGACUGAACGAGAAAUUGUACCCGAAAAUAUGAUAGUAUAUGGAAGUCAAUGUCAACGUAGGGAAAUGAAUGACAAACCAUAUCCUCAGAUUGGACAGUUGGAUUUUUUGCUAAAAGUGCUCCCGAACUAUCAUCACUUUCGCAAAUCGAAUUUGAAGCCGAAGUCUGGGACUAAUAAUAUGUAAUUAAUCAAUUUUUUAUAUAUAAUAUAUAUAUUUAAUAUAAUAUAAAAUGAGAGAAUAACUUUCGCAUUAAUCGUAUUAUAUUUAUCAUACUUUAUGUUUGUGAUUAUUCAAAGGGAAUGAGAGAAAGAAACGAAUUAUAUGUAUAUAUUUAUU